AUGAAAGAUAUUUUUACAAUAUCUUACCGCGUGACCCGCCGCGGUCACCAUUGCCAUCAGUCAGGGGGAGCCAACCCAUUGCCCCCCGCUUCCAUCACCUCCACCUCCUCGACGUCUCCUCCCAUCGAUCGUUCGGGGGCGCCAGCAGCCGCGUCGGUGGCAGCCCAGACGGACUCCGGAAGCUCAAGCCAAGGGCCGUCUGGAGCUAGCACCGAUGUGGAAAUGCAGCGUCUUCCCCCGGAGAUCGAAGGGAGUCCCGAGGCGUGGGAGGUGGAGGAGUUGGAAGUGGUCGGGCAUGGGCUGGUUCUCCAAUACUGGCUGAUGGCUUUGGUGACUGUGGUGGUGAUCACAAAGCUUUUCCGUGGCGAAUUAUAA